GACGUCGUAGGAAUAUGAAGAGGAGGGGGAGAGUAUACAGUCACAAGUACUGCUUGCUAGAUAGUGCUUGAUAGGGCACUAAGUCAUUGAACCGGGUUGAGUUUUGACACUCAAAGGUUCCUGUUUUGGGUUUCCUUGUAUAUUGACUGGAUAAUGUCGGGUUUGGAGAAGCAGUUGCAUCUUAACCGGUUGCCUUCCAGACCUCCACUGCCUGGAGGACCACAAUCCGGUUCAAAAAUGAGGAUGGGUCCUGGUAGAAGACGUGAUUUUUCACCGGUGCCUUGGAACCAGUACUUUGAAUCUAUGGAGAAUGUGGUUGUUGACAGUGAUCUCAACAAAGAUAGUUUACGGAUAUAUAAAAGUGGUUCUGAAGGGCCAGUCUUACUCCUGUUGCAUGGUGGAGGACAUUCUGCACUCUCCUGGGCUGUAUUCACAUCCAUAAUCAUCAACAGAAUUCACUGCCGAGUGGUGGCUCUUGACCUGAGAGGACAUGGGGAUACCAGAGUAAAGAAUUCUGAAGAUCUUUCUGCUGAAACCAUGUCCAAGGAUGUUGGGAACGUGGUUGAAGUUCUUUAUGGAGACAGUCCUCCUCCAAUUAUGUUAAUUGGUCACAGUAUGGGUGGCGCUAUUGCAGUACACGCGGCAGCAGCGAACCUAAUACCAAGUUUGCUGGGUCUCUGUGUUAUUGAUGUUGUUGAAGGUACAGCUAUGGAUGCCUUGAAUAGUAUGCAGAAUUUCUUGCGCAGCCGUCCAAAAAUGUUUAAGUCACUUGAAAAUGCCAUAGAGUGGAGUGUAAAAAGUGGGCAGAUAAGAAAUCUUGAAUCUGCAAAGGUUUCCAUGGUUGGCCAAGUUAAAAAAUGUGAAGAUGUCUGCACCCCUGGAGAGUCCAAAGCAAUAGAGGGGAUUAUUGAAGAGGAGGAGGAGGAAGAUGAUGAAGAACAUGAAUCACAUAGUAAAAGGAAAAAAGAUGAUGAUGACGAGACAGAGCUAAAGAAAGACGCUCCCUACACAUGGAAUGUAGAACUUUCCAAAACAGAAAAAUACUGGGAAGGUUGGUUCCGAGGGUUGUCUAGCCUCUUCCUUAGUUGUCCUGUACCAAAACUGCUGCUUUUGGCAGGAGUUGAUAGACUUGACAAAGAUCUAACAAUUGGACAAAUGCAAGGAAAGUUCCAGAUGCAGGUUCUUCCUCAGUGUGGGCAUGCAGUUCAUGAAGAUGCUCCCGACAAAGUAGCUGAUGCUGUUGCAAAUUUCAUGGUGCGUCACAGGUUUACAGAAUCAAAGGGUGGAGUGCCAUGUGUAUUUCCUGCUUGCUAAUGGAUCCUGCGGCCCACAGCACUGAAUUUCUCUGUAAAUAUGUUGCACCAGAGGCCACUGUGAUGUAUGCACACGUCUGUCAUUCACCCAACUCCUGUAACUGGGGGAAAUCGACACAAAUGCACAAAUAGAGAUUGUUGUUUCAAUUCUGCAAUGUUUGUUUAAUUAGUAUGUUUUGCUCUCUUGGAUGUUUGUAAAGGUUUUUGCCUAGAGCAUCCAAGAUUCUUGUGUGCACUGCAGGGGAGUGGGGACUGAUGCCACGUGCCGUCGUGAGAUGCUCCGGGAAUGAGCCUUCUCUUUUGGUUCACAUGGAUGGAUCUUAGCUGGUUGCAUUGCAGUGCUGCAGGGUCAAGGUGCAGGGUGUGUGGGCGAGUGGUUGGCACUGCACACGACUGAACCUUGGUGCUUAUCCUUGGUCCCCCUCCCACUAUCACUGUAAGUCCAUGAUGCUGUUUAUCAUUAUUUGUCUUUAAUUUUAUAUUUGUAAAGUUUAGUUCACCUGAGUUGUGGUGAUUUGCUGAUUUUGUUUUUGAUAGUACUUUGCUUCAAUGUCUUCCUCAUCUUGUUUGAAAAGAAAGAAAUUGCACCACUCCAUUCUACUCAGUGACAUUUAUGUGGUCAUUUAUGUCUUAGAUCAGGGACCCUUCACUGUUGGUGCUGUUAUCACCAAAGUGGCAACUGCUCCAAAAAUGGGUUCCCCUAUAUAGCUUCCAUACCAUCACUAGAGACUUUGGUUGGCAUUUCCAUCACUGGGAAGCUGUACACAUGUCAGGUAACAACUGCUUUACAUUGUUCCACUGGGUAACUUUUCCCUGUAGGGCUUUCACUUUAUUAUGUUUGAUCUGGCAGCCACACAUUAGCCCAUGUGAAGGUAGGCACUCUCAGAUUGUUUACUUUGCACUGCAUUUUAGUCCAUUGUGUCUAUGUAGGUAUUUGCUGCAUUGCUACUGUUACCUACUGAAAUAUUACACUGAACCUUUUGGCGGCAUAUACCCUAGACCUCUUCUGUUUGCCAAGCUUUGCAGAAAAAAAACUCUCCAGCCAACAUCUGCUAUCCCUUCCCCUGUAUGUCAUCAUCAGGAUACAUUCUGGAUUGGGUAGCUUAAAUUUCAUUUUGUUUCCUUCUGACACUAGUGAGUGUAUAAAUCUGGAGGAGUAAAACCUUUUAUUUUUGCUAGUUGUGAAGUAAACAGUAGGUUUGGGUCAUGUUUGUAUGUUACAAAAGAACCUGCAUUUCCAUCUUUAUGUCCUGCUAUACGUUUGUCUACAACGUUGGAGUGACAUGAACAUCUUUCUGUGCUAACUACAUGGUAAAACUGGUAACAGUUGUGUUUUUUUAUUUCCAUUUCACUUAGAUUAAGUUUUAGUUAUGUAGUUAAAGUAGAGCUUUUAUUCCAUAUCAGUAGACUGGGCAUGCAUUGCACUGUGUAUAAAGUUAAAUUAUUAUAUAUCUUUAGUGUGUUGAAGGUACCAUUUCAUGUUGAGGGUGGCGAGAGAGCUUGUUUUUGGAACAUGGCUGCUACUACAGUAGUGCGUCUAUGUCACGUUAUCGAAAUUUUACUACAUUGAAUCACUAAAGGUCGGCCACUAGUGAUCGAUGUAGUAAAACAUCGAAUAACGUUAAAAAAAAAAAAACAAACAAAAAUAAAAA